ACUCGUCAGUUGUCAACUGCAAAGAUGAUAGAAUGAGGUGUAGUAAGGAAAAGGUCGUGGGUAACUGUAAAGGGAGAAUCGAAAGAUACUACUAUGAUAAGGCUGCUAAGGCAUGCUGGAGGUUUUGGUACAGCGGUUGUAAUGGAAACCCAAACAACUUUGAGACACGAAGAGAGUGCCAGGAUGCAUGUAUGGGCAAAGGUUUCUGUCUCUUCCCUCCCGUGGCUGGCACUUGUAAAGAAAGCCUCCCUAGAUAUUACUACGACAACAACACCAAGCAUUGCAAGCCCUUCACUUAUAGCGGAUGCGGUGGGAACAAGAACAACUUCAAAGUAAAGGAUGACUGCCUGAAAGAGUGUAGAGUUCACUUCAUCUAAGGCAAGAUUUCCUGAAGUUUCAAGAAACCGUUGGGAAAAUCCCGAAUGCACUGCCGAAGAAUAUAAUAAGUAAUAUAAAAUAACGAAAGGAAAAUGGAAAACUGCAUCAUUGUAACCCAAGGGUAAAUAAAGCAUACUCAAUAUUCUAACAUGUAAAAUAAAUGAAAUAAAGAACAGAGAAAACGGGGUUUAA